UCCAACUUGUAAGGUUUUUAACCUUUGGGUAAGAUAAAAACGACUUUGACUAUGACUUCUUUUUAACAUUCAUAAAAAAUAUCUUGAUAAAUACAAGACAAUGCUUAACACAAACUGGAAUGCUAAUUCGCGAUUGGAAACAAUCGAUUCUGACUAACUAUACUUCCUUUUCUGAAUACCAUUGACAUUUAAACAAAAAAAAAACUACAACCCAACAGAACAAAGACGAAAAAGAAAGAAGACUUUAAACCACAAUUUAAUUAACAACAGACGAUCGGUGAAACACGGACAACACGUAUUCUUAGUGUCCCAUAAAAAAUUUAAUUAAGCAUAUAAUUAAUUCAGGUACCGUCUCCAGCCAGCUCUACCACUUAGUAGAAAAAAAUACAGGAACAAAAGUUUUGUAGAACAUUUUUAUAGAGUAUAAUAGUGUUAAGGAGAGAAGAGGCUUUAUUGAAAAGGCAAUAUUGGUAUAAUGUUAAGUGCUGGUACGUGUAUAUUACCUUAGAUACUUAUAUUUAGGGAUGGAUAUCAAAAGGGUAAGACGGAACCCGGAACUUAGGUUUUUGGUUCGUCUGUCAUCGGGUUUGAAGCUACCCUGAAAUUUUCAGCCUGAUAGCUGAUCGGGAAGUGCCACAAAAUUGAGUUGCAAAAAUCCAACCGGAACGACAAGCAAAAAAACAUACAAAAAAAAGUAAAUGAGUGUAUAAAAACGUGGGAAAUAUAUAAAGUCAAAUGCAAAUGACUGCAAUGAUAGUUCAAUGAGCGGCAGUGGUUCCCACGCCAAACCAACCAGCCACGACGCGUCGCGAGUUCGAUCCCCACGCAGGACAAGCAUAUGUGUGAUCCAAUGCUUGUUUUGGGUCUGGGUGGCUUUGUGCAUGUCACUUGUAUGUUUGCGAAACCCCGACACAAGGAUUAAAAUCCUUAAUGUGGGAUUCAUUUUUACCAUAAGAAAAGAACGCAAAAAGUAUUUAAAAACCGACUACAAUUUACAUAACCCUGUUAUUGACUUUCACAGUCGGAGGUUACAUGACAGCAUGCGUCAAUUUAUUUAAUUAAAAUAAUAAUUAUCGGAAUAAUCUUUACGAUUCGAUGGCUGCAAUAAUUGAAUGUUAGUCAUAAAAAUAUGAUUCCUUCGUACAUUGUAGUUCGUAUUAGUGUAGUAAACAAUGUUUUUUCUUAGUAUUUGCAUAGUCUCCUCAUAUUUAUUAUGGGUUGACGCGGCCGAGCCAGUGAUAAGCUGUAGAGUAAGUGAGAUGGUGAUGAUAAAUAUGUUUUAUUCCUUAUUUUAGUUGUAAAUGUAGUUAUAUUUUUAAAUUGUGACUAGACCGCACUGUGUUGUGUCAUAAGACGAAGGGAAGCAAUCUUUAUUUAAAAAAAAACUUACGGUUAAAGUCACUUUUGUAAGGAGGAUUCAUUAUUAGGCGGGGCGUCAUGUCUACUCAUGGUUUAAUGCAACAACUUGACAAAUUUUGACCUUGCUUCGUUAAAUGUUGCGUAUAUAUAUUGUGUAGUCUUGUGCGGUCUAGCCUCAAAGAGGGUAAAAACAAUCAUGGUCUUACACUAGGGCCAGUGUUAGAAACUUUCAAAGAUUUUGUACCAUUCCUCAGAUAAGUCUGUAGUUAUUAAUGAUAAUUGAGGUUAAAAGGGCGGGUCCGUGUCGAGCAGUAGAUGCAAUAGACUUUGCUUGGGAAUCAGGGUCCAUUAGAGGGUCUCAUACUGGCAAUGAUCAAAGAAAAGCAGUAGAGUAAACACGUGAUUUGCAUUGACUUUAAGUGACGCAAUAAGUAGUUUUGUGGAGGAAAUAAUCCAUCUACAAAAACAGAAGACAAACCUUAUUAAGUGUGGUUCACUAUCAAAAUGAAAAUAAGCGAAUAGGUCGAGUUAUAAGCCUAUGCCAUGAACGAUAUUAUGCAAUAAUUUGUGACCGAGGAAAUCGCAAUAAAUCCUCUACGAUAAAUGGUCAUAAUUUAAUACCUAACGAGCUAUAGUCCCAAAUGGAGGAAUGUUGAGGCUUAGAACAUAAACCAACUGGAAGUAAAUGAAAACAGGAAAGUCAAACCUGACCUCAUUCAAAAAGAGGAAAAAAAUAUAGCUUUAAAACAGAUCAAGUUUGAACGUCAACUGUGUUAAAAGUACUUUAAAUUCUUCAACGUUGCCAUAGUACCGGAGCAACCACCUGCGUCAGGACGGUGGGCUCUGCUUCGAGAUCCCGCCGUGGCAGCAUCAGCCGGUGGUCUUGGAGGAGCAUCUCGUGAAUCUCAGGGCGCGGUGGGGCAACUCCUCGACGUCACGGAGACAGUUGAGGUCACAGCUGGCGUUGGCUAACAGUGAAAUAUCUCGCUACAUGGACACGGUAUUAGCUCCAUUCCUGGACACUUACCACAGAAACAUCCAGAACUCGUACCAGCAGCUCACAGGGAAGAUCUUGCGGAGAAUUAAGGAUGAGAUCAACGCCGCCAUUCAGAAAAAGCAACAGAUCUACACCGAGCUGACACAGUUGGCCGAUGAUUUGAAAGUUCCAGUAAUGUGUGACGAAGAAAGACGGACAGCUCGUACAGUCGCCAGUAGACAUGUAGCCGCCAUAUACGCCUGCACAGAAGACGCCCGAGGUUCUAUUGCCAAGAUGGGGAAGUAUGCUGAGGAGAUGAUUGGGAUCACCAGGAACCACAUGCAGGCGACCCUGGUGGAGGCUACGAGGGCGUUCGAAGUGACCGGCAGUGGAGCGCAGAGAAGUGGGGUCUUGCCUAAGACCGACGUAUCUCCAUGUCUCCAAGAGCUUUCUCGAGCAGCUGUGGUCCUUGGUUAUGAACUGGACUUGAGCUUAACUAACGCUCGUCGUCACAACGAGCAGUCUUGCGAAAGACUGACAUCAUGCACGUCGAGAGCAAGGCGACAUACCGAAGAUGUGGUCAUAGCUUUACGAGACCAGCUGUAUCAGUGUGUUUAUGCUUAACUGUAUACGUUUUAGCUGAUGCUGUUUCGUAAUUGACAGACGAUGAAAUAGAGAUGAUGUAUUUUCAAUAGUUAUGUGACUAGCGAUUCCAUUUAAUUUUGGAAUGUGUACAUUUAGGUCAUUGCGCUGCUAAAAUUGUAUGAAAUUGAA